AUGGAGAACGGAGCAUCCUCACUACCGCCGGGCUCAAGAGUACUUGUCACUGGAGCAAAUGGGUACAUCGCUUCGCAUGUGGUCGACACCCUGCUGAGGCUAGGAUAUCUGGUGCGAGGAACGGUCCGAACACAAAAGCCAUGGCUGAAUAAAUACUUCGAGGAGAAGUAUGGCGCAGAUGUCUUUGACACUGUUGAGCUUGCCUCGUUCGACGAUCAAACCAUCGAAAACCUGUCGCUAUAUCUCUCACAACAAGGUGAGGGACUAAAUAACAUAAGUAACUUGGUUCAGGCGAGCGAUGUGAGCUUUUCAAAUGACCCCGAGGCCGUUAUCCCAUGGGUUAUCCGGGCAAUCCAGAAUUUGCUGGAGGCUGCUGCUAGAACAGUAAGCAUCAAACGUGUUGUUCUGGUGUCUUCCUCUACCACAACCGAGAACAUGUACCCGGACCCACGAGGCCGGGAAUUUCACCAAGGUGAGCUUGGAAGCUUGGCUCCGAAAGAUGCGUGGGAUGAAUCUGUUCCAGACCCCAAUAGGAGAAUGGCGAUAUACGCCACAUCAAAAAUCAAAGCAGAGCAGGAGGCUUGGAAGUGGAUGGAGAGCGAGAAGCGAUCAUUUGACUUCAACACAAUCCUGCCAUGUAUAACGGUUGGAAAAAUUCUUCACCCGGAGAUAUCUGGAUCCUCUAUGGGUAUUCUACGCACGCUACUCGCGGGAGAUACCAAGGCAUUUUCAUUGCCAGAACAGUGGUUCGUCGACGUCGAGGAUGUCGCUAAGCUCUGUGCCAUUGGCCUUCUAGAUGAGGGCGUCAAGUCACAGCGUAUCUUUGCAUUUGGGGAACAAAUGAAUUGGAAUGAUGUAGUACCAAUUUUGCGCGAACUACGACCGAAUAACAAAAAGAUCCCGGACCCACCUAAGGAUGAGAUACGAGAUCGAACGGACAUUUUACCACGGACAAGAGCGCAGAUCUUACUUCGCGGCUUCUUUGGGCAGCCUGAUUUUUCACCUAUCAAAGAUAGUAUUGCCAAAGGUAUUGAAGGGUUGGAUUGA